ACAGUCGGGCAGAUAAAACAAUGAAGCGAUGAAGGGAUAAACAGUUGACAUCAUUGUUCCAGAAAGAUCAGCUUGUUGGCAGAGUCACUAUGUGAGUUUGCAUGAUGGGUUAUGGAGGGGAGAGGAAUGCAGAGGAUGGGAACAGAGUUAAGGCCCUGAUGGGAGGGCAAGGCCUAUAAAUUUGUUGCAGGAGAGCACAGCAGCACCCAUCAGAGACCAAGACAAACCAAGACACCACAGAUUAUUUUGGGUAUCUCAUCUGGAACCUGAUCAUGGAAAUUCCCAUCAAGUAUCCUUGGUACCGUUGGGCGUUCCCACAUCGUUUCUCUGACUUCUCCAUGGCUGAACCUCUUACUGACUGGCCACUUGUCUGGCCCGCUCCCUGGUCCUUCCCUUGGAGUCGCUCUUCGUUCUGGCGCUGGUUUAACUGGCCCGACAAUGGUCACAGUGAGGUAAAGCAAUUUUUACCAAUCAAAAUAUAUUCAGUGAUGCUGCUUUGUUAGAAUAUAUCUUUACAUAGUUAGUAUCUCAGUAAAUACAAAUAUUCAACACCAUAUUUCCUUCUCGGUAGCAAUGAAUUUUAAUAAGAUUGGUUAAAAAAUGGAAAAAGAAAACAAAUGCUGCCACUUGGCUGACUUUGAGUAACAUUAUACUCACAUGGAGCUCAUUGUAUUGCACACACCAAUACCCACAUCACUUUUAAGUCUGUCUCAUCAGCCAUGUACUGGUAUUGGCAUUGGAAUAGCACAAUUGAAGCUCCUACUUUAAUAAUGUAAUGAAACAGGCUGAAAACUGCCUUUCAAGACCCACAGCAGCAAAUGAAACCACAACCUUAAUGCUUAAAGAUUAAUAAGAAGUUACUGCCAGCAUCAUUAUUAUUUCAAGUAUGAGCAGUACACUAAGACAACAAUAACAAGCUAUUGUGUUUAAACCAAGCUGACCUCAAGCUGAAGGCAUGCAACCAAAUCUGUCAUCAUAAUGAAGAGCUCUUCUGUCUGUCUAGAUGCGUGUUGAAAAGGAUCGCUAUGUUAUUUAUCUGGAUGUGAAGCAUUUCUCGCCUGAUGAGCUGUCUGUCAGUGUCAGUGAGGAGUACAUCACAGUACAUGCCAAGCAUGAAGACAGACAGGUUAGAGAAACCUCUUCUAUAUUUAUACCUCAGGAAAAAGGUGCUACAGAAUGUGGUUAUGCAUAUCUGACAUGUGACCUAUUAUGCUUCCAGGAUGACCACGGCUUUGUGUCCAGAGAGUUUCAGAGAAAGUACAGGCUUCCUGCUGGAGCAACAGGUGCUGAAGUCACCUCCAGCCUGUCUGCUGAUGGUGUGCUCACCAUCACUGCACCCAGGUCAUCUCCUGGCCCUGAGCGCACUAUUCCUAUUUCCUGUGAAGAUGGAUCAGCCAAACAGAAAAUGUAGAACAGAGGCUGACACUGACCACUAACAACAAGUCCUGUCUGUUUUUAAAUGUAACCUGUUCUAGUUUUCUUGGCAGUGCGAUGGGCAUACUGAUGUGGAUGUCAAUAUGUGCAAGGGCCUUCCAAAGAAAAUUCCUUAUUGACUCUGCAAAACAAUGAUGCGUUGAACCAAAUACUUGAAGUUUAACCAAUUUAUUGGUCUAUUUAACAACAAAGGGUGAGAUAUAAUUUUAUUUUGAAAAUGUUUCCAAAUUUUCAAUGAGGUCAUGCAGUUAAAUAACAAAAAUGUAAACAUUUGUUGACUGGGCAUAAGCUAGCUUACAGUGUUAAGUAAUUUUACAAUGCCAAUCAGACUAAUUCUACUUCAAAUUGUUCUCUGAAGAUCAAACCAGGUUUAAAAUGGUUAAACUGAGUUGUAUCUGUUGCAUACACUAAUGUCUGAGUGCAUCAACGUGAGAAGCCAGAAGUGCUGUCGUUCAGUCUCUGAGAAUAGUUUCUGUAUGUGUGAAAAGGAGAAACUUUCUGGAGGCAAACACUGAUAUUAUUAGUUUGUUCAUUUGUGAAAAAGCCACCAAAGGACAUGGGACCAGGUGUGUACUCGCUGCGAAUGGUAAAGAGGGUGAGUGUCGGAGGGAAACAUGGUUUGUGAAGAAGGAACUGUGGUUUUGGGUCACAUUAUAGCUUUAAAACAUGGGCUCCUAUGGUUUGGAUGGGAUGGGCUCUGAGCUGCUAAGAAAAUUGCGCAUGUCAUGUGUGAGAGUGAAUGCAUUUGUGCUUGUAGAGGCAACCAUUACAGCUCUAUCAUUCCUUUACUAGCAACAACACUUUUAACACAACAACCCUUUUAACAAAUAGAAUAAAUGUUGAAACUCAGUCAUCAA